AUGAUGCACCAUGAAGACAAGAAAUCCUCAAAGGAUAAGGAGGUGUUAGGAUAGACUCUAAAUGUACUAUCAGCUAAACUCAAAUCAAGCAGAAUAAACUGGAAAGCAGCUAGAUGUUACUCUUUGGAUCACCAUGGAAAUGCAAAGCUGGAAAGGCAACUACUGAUGCAGAACCAGAUGAGAGAGAGACAAACAGCCAUGCAGAUUGCUUGGACACGGGAAUUUCUCAAAUAUUUUGGGACAUUCUUUGGACUUGCUGCUGUAGGUUUAACAGCUGGAGCAAUAAAAAAGAAGAACCCAGGAGUUUUACUGCCAAUAGUUCCCUUAAGCUUUAUACUUGCCUAUCAAUAUGAUAUGGGCUAUGGGACACUGUUGCAAAGGAUGAAGGGUGAAGCAGAGAACAUACUGGACACACAGAGCACUUUGCUAGAAUUGCCGAAAGGACCGCUCACUUUUGAAGACCUGGAGAAGAUCAGAAGAUCUCAGAGCAAGUUCUUCGUAGAAAAAUAG